AUGUCCCAUAGAUAUGAUGGUGAAAAUCAAAAUUACUACGCAAAAACUAACAUAAAUCAAUAUUCCUCAGAUUUAAAUACGCAUGAAAUCUCGAGACUUUAUGGAGAAAUACAUUUGAAGAAUGCUAUAUCUAUUAAAGAAACACCAGCGCACCACGGCAUAGAUUAUGAUACACACGACUUUAAAGUUCCUUCUGUAAAGCUACAAGGACGUUACAUUCUUUAUCAUGAAUCUCAAGAUUUUAAAGAUGUUUCUAAAAUCGAUUCUGGAGGUUAUGCUGCGGUUUAUCUUGCGCAUUGGAAAAUCACUAAAACAAAACUUGCAAUUAAAAAAUUUGUCGAAAAUUCUACGAAGGAAAUCAUUUUAAACGAGAUUCAUAUAAUGGAAAUUAUGAGAAGAAAAGUUAAUUUUCAUCCAAAUAUAAUAAGAUUUUUUGGAAUUACGAAAUUAAAAGAGGAAUUAAAUUAUGCGCUUAUUCUUGAAUAUGCGGAUGGCGGAACAUUAGGAAAAUAUUUAAGAGACAACGCUAAAACGUUUAAAUGGAAACGUCAAUUGGAAUUUGCCAACGACAUGGCGAGUGCAAUAAAAAUAUCAGAUUUUGGAUGUUCAUGUUUACAAGGAUCAGAUACCAAAGCAGCAUGUGGUGUGAUACCUUACAUGGAGCCCAAAACUUUUAAAGAUCCUUUAUUUAAAUUAACCAAAAAAUCUGAUAUUUAUAGCUUAGGAGUAUUGUUCUGGGAAUUGACAAGUUGUGCAUCACCUUUCAAUUUUGAAUCAACUGUCGAUAUUGCAAUUCGGUUUGAAAUCCUUGAAGGCUUAAGAGAAAAUUCUAUUCCAACCACUAAUAGUAGUUUUGUUAAAAUUUAUAAAAGAUGUUGGAAGCCUGAACCAGAUGAAAGACCAGAUAUUGUUCAAGUAAUUUCCGAACUUAAUAGUAUUGAUUCUAAAAGUCAUUUUGAUUUUAAAGAAAAUGACGACAAUGAAAUAAUAGAAAACGAAGUUGAUCUUUCAGAUUGUGACGUUAGAUUAUAUUAUUAG